ACGUCCGUGCUCCCACUUGCACAUCUUACGGCAGCCCGGCCCUAAGUGGGUGACCGCUUCCUGGGCAACCCUAGUUCACGAGGGAAGCUCCUUUCACAUACUCCUACUUCAUAAGCCUGCGUAUUUUCCUUGAUGCUCACGCAUGUCAAUCCACCGAAGACUUCGACACCUGAAGCUCGCCACUUCACCACCGCUACGUCCGUACCAUAACUCCACGGCAAUGACUUCGCUGUACGAUCAGAGUGUGGUUCCAAGCGUCAAAUACCUCAAAAACCUCUCCGCAAUACUGGAAAAGGGCAGAGCCUUUGCGGAUGGGAAGGGCAAAGCUCAUGAUGAAAUUCUCAAUUUCCGCCUCAUUGAAGACAUGAGAGGCUUGACAUACCAAGUCCAAGCAGCUUGCAACACAGUGGAAUUUCUCCUCCCUCGUCUUGCAGGUAUCGAGAAGACACAUUUUCCGGAUGACGAGAAGACUUUCGCGGAGCUACAAGAUCGCAUCGGGAAAACGAUAGAGAUUGUCCAGGAUCCGAAGGUCAGGCCCGCCAUGGAGGGUAAGGAGAAGCAACCGAUCCUUAUGCCUACCAAGUCAAUGGGGACGUACCGUUUUGAAACAGGCGAGAAGUACGUGGUGGGAUACGCAAUGGCCAACUUUCACUUCCACUACUCCACGGCGUACUGCAUCCUUCGCCACUUGGGCGUGCCCAUUUCGGCUUUCGACUAUCUGGGUAAAGAUACGUUUGUAAAGGUGGAUGAUGCAUCGAAGUAGGCCCAGGGCCGAUGGAUCGCAACCAAAGCUUGCUGUAUAUUUAGCCAUCAAGGCUAUCGCUAGUCUAUCUUGGACGAGUCUAGGCUGUGCAUGAGUUACGCGCAUUGCUGAAGCGCACUCACCACAAUUAUUUUACUUCAGGUGAGUCAGGCUUUCUAUUCGGAAGAGUUUUGCUCUACCAAGCUCAAGCUACC